UGCUGGGGGAGGAUCCACACGCACACUACAUUAAUAUCAGUUCUGUCAAAUCAAAACAGACAGCUUUCAGAGAUUUUCAUUAUGAUAUUACAGUGCUCAAAGGAAAUGGUCCAUGUUGGUAUUUUGUUCUGCUUGUGUUUCAGGCAACUUCAUGGUGUGUUUAGUAAUACUGGUGAACUGAAGUCAGUGUCAGUGAUGGAGGGAGAUUCAGUCACUAUAAACUCUGAUCUUACUGAAAUAGAUGAUGAUGAUGUGAUUCAGUGGAAGUUUGGAACUGAAAACACUUUAAUAGCUGAAAUAGAUGUACUGGAAGAUAAAGUCACUGUAUAUGAUGAUGUUCCUGAUGGGAGAUUCAGAGACAGACUGCAGCUGGAUGAUCAAACUGGAUCUCUGACCAUCACAAACACCAGAACUGAACACAGUGGAUAUUAUGAACUACAGAUGAUCAAAAAUAUGAGAAAGAGUUUCAAUCUAACUGUCUAUUCUCGUCUGCCUGUUCCUGUCAUCAGCAGUAACUCUUCACAAUGUUCUUCAUCAUCAUCAUCAAAUUGUUCAUUGGUGUGUUCAGCUGUGAAUGUGAGUCAUGUGACUCUCUCCUGGUACAAAGGAAACAGUUUAUUGUCCAGCAUCAGUGUGUCUGAUCUCAGCAUCAGUCUCUCUCUACCUCUGGAGGUGGAAUAUCAGGAUAAAAACACCUACAGCUGUGUGCUGAACAAUCCCAUCAGCAACCAGACUCAACAUCUGGACAUCACUCAACUCUGUCACACAUGUGCAGGCUCAGUGUCUAUAAUAGUGCUGAUCUCUGCUGGAUCUCUGUUGAUUGUUGCUGCAGUCGGGAUCUGCUGCAUCUGCAUGAAACGUAGAAAAACUGCUCAAGUUGAGACUCGUGAAGAAGAAAUCAUUUACGUCGAGCCGACCUUCUACAAAAGAAAAGGGCAGAAAACGGAUUAUAAAGAGGAGGAUCAUGUGGAGUAUGCUCCAAUUGCCAAGAGAAGAUGAUCAAACUUCAAGUACCAGACCAGCGGUGUGAUCGCUUUCACAGAAACCUCUGCAGUUUCCUCUGAGCUCUUAGUUUUGAGUUUUGGGAUUGUUAAAAAUGUGAUAUUCAGUGAUGAACUAAUGAAAUUCUCUCUUAAAGAAUAUGCAAGGACUUUAAAAAAAACAAAAAUGAUCUAAAUUUUUAGAUCUAAAACUUUUUCAUGUUUGACAAAGCCUCGUUUUUUUCCCCUUUUUAAGUAUAUGGUUUGCAAAUAAAGUUGGACAUACAUAUAUAUUCAACUUUAUAUAAGAAGCUGGCUGAUAGUAUAGUUACAUUUUGCGACAAAAUAAAAGAAUCAAGCAGUUAAGAUUCAACAUACAAAAGUUAUCAAGCUAUUUGAUGUCACACCCUUUAAAGAUCAUAUCCUGCUUGUCUGAUAUGAUACAGUCAUUUUAAGAAUGCAUAUAUAUGAUUUACUGUUUUAACAUUUAUGGUAUGCAAAUGACCGAUGGUUGUUAAUUUCUUUAGUUUCAGUUGGUUUCAGUUUAGUUUCAGUGGGGGGCAACACUGCUAACAAAUGAAUGUUUCUACGUUACAAUUAAGUGUAAAAAAUAUGUGCAUAUUCAGAAAAAUAGAGUGUGAAAAUUCAUUUAAAAUUAAAUAAAAAAAAAUGCAUUUUCAACAACAUGAAUCAUUUU